AUGAAGCAGACAGCAGAAAACCAAAGUGGUGGUGCUGCUGCUAAAAGAAGUAGCACUUCUGGAAAUAGUUUCACCAACAGCAUUAAAAGACAAGCCAGCAUCGGUUCUACUAAUAACGGUGCUAAAGUGUCCAUCAGUGAUAAUGCUGGCACUAGUACCAGCGGUGCCACUAAAGGCCGUAGCAGAAGUAGCAUCAGUAAUACUAAAGGGGCCACCAAAAAUGUCAGAAGAGUUGGCGUGGUGAGCACGGUGGAGGAGGUCUUGAUGCUCUCCUCAGAGAAGGAGCUGGAGGAGGAGUCUUCCAGUACUGGUAACGCUUCAUCACUCGAUGCCCAGCUUGGGUCCUCUCUCUCUUCAUCGCUCAGUCAGUCCUCGGGCUGCUCUGACACAGACGGAACUAAGAAUCGAUUGGGCACUGAAAGCGGCUAUUCGUCUCUGGAGAAGACAAGUCCAAGUCUUGUGGAUGCACAAGCACACACUGACUCCAGGAGAUCUCCGGAAGCUGUUCAACAAGAGGGUUCAUGUCUGGAGACCGAGCUUCCCCCCUCAACCUUCACUUCUUCCUCUACUGAACAAAACGACCAUAACACAACUGUCAAUACAUCUCAGGAUUCCCACCCUAAUGAUAUUCCUGAUCACUCACAGCAUUUGAUGUCAUGUAGUCUCCGCUCCAAAUCGCUGGAGCGCAGACCGCUUGAUUCCACGCCCACACCUGACCUCCUUAAUUUCAAAAAGGGAUGGAUGUCUAGACUGGGAGAAGAUGGAAAGUGGCGGAAACACUGGUUUGUUCUUACUGACCAGACUUUGAGAUUCUAUCGUGACUCUGCAGCAGAAGAGGCAGCUGAUGUGGAUGGUGAGAUCAACUUGUCUACUUGCUAUGAUGUUACAGAUUUCCCUGUACAAAGGAACUAUGGCUUUCAGAUUCAUACAAAGAAUGGAGUCUUUACUCUCUGUGCAAUGACUUAUGGGAUACGACGCAACUGGGUCCAGGCAGUAAUAAAAAACAUUCAUCCCACCGUUGCCCCUGAUGUCACAUGGAAAAAUCCUGCUAUAAAACCCAGUUCAAUUCCUCAAAAGGUGCCGAUGACUAGUGCACAUGCUCGUACAAGCUCCUGCCAAUGCAGUACAGUUCCCCAGGAGGCAGAGCAAAGGAGUCGCAUCCGUGAGCGACGUAGAGAGGGGCGUUACAAAACCUUUGAUUGGGCAGAAUUAAGUUGUAAACAGAACAAAGAAGAGUUGUCAAAUGAUCCAUCUGGAAGGCAGUGGAACCAUAACAUUGAGCGCUCAGUGCCUCCUGCACCUGCAUCAUCCCCUGAAGAGCAGAUAACACGUACAGCCUCUGAGGCAUCAGAGAAUGAAUAUCUUCAGAAAAAAAGAAUCUCUCAGAGGCAACGCUUAAAUAUCAUGUCAGCCGAUAUACCAUCGAACUUAUCACUUAUGGCAGUGUCCAGUCGCACCUCCCCAGAAUCAAUCAGCCCAGACAGCUUAGAGGUCGAUGCAGGAACUGUAUAUGUCCAGUGUGACAGCCGUGGUGAACUACUGGAAGCUAAACCCAAAGAAGAAAAGCAGGUUGAUCGCUCCACAUCUCCAUUGCCAGUCACCUUCUCUUCAUCUUCAGCGCAGACAGAAUGGCAGUGGGAUGUGGAGCUUCAGAGUCUACGUAGAGAAUUGAAGGCUGAGCACGAGAGGAAUCAGACUCAAGAAAAGGAGUUAAGAAUCAGUGAGGCCCGACUCCAAGCUGAGCUUAAUGACAGCAAAGAAUGUCUUCAGAGGACAGAGUUAAAGAUUGAAGAGGCAGAAACUCUUCUGAAGGAGCGUGAGGAGGUGCUGGAGAGUCUGCGUGGACAGUUGGAGGAUGUAACGGGUCGUCUUAAAGCAACCGAAGAGGCGCAAGCCUUGAAAGAGGUCAGGCUACAGAGGCACUUGCGCCUCCUGCAAGAGAGCCAGGAACGAGAAAGGAGGAGCCUCAGUGACAGCCUUGACCAAUCAGAACAGCGAUCGAAGGAACUGGAGGAGCGUCUGAGGCAGAAAGAGGCUGAGCUGCAGAAAUGCCCAGCUGGGGACGUUACUGAUGAACUUCUGCGAAGGUGCCAGGAGUUACAAAACCAGCUGGAAGAGUCAGACAAUGAGGUCUGUCGUCUGCAAGCACGCCUCCAAACCGAAGAGACUCUUUAUUAUGACAUGGAGCAUGAUUAUGAAAAAGCUUGUGAGGAGAUACAGAGUUUGCAAGGUGCUCUGCUGGACUGUGAGAGGGUAAGUGAGGAGCGCUUUCAAACCCAGUUGGUGCAUCAACAGCAAGAGUUAGACAGGAAGGAACGAGAACUACAGGAAGUGCUUCUUAAGAUGGCCAUUCUGGGCAGUAGUUUAGAGGAGACAGAACAAAGGCUCAAGGAAGCUCAAACCCAUUCUUCUGAAGCUAAUGUUGUCUGUGAGGCAUUGAUUAGGCCACAACAAUGCAGACAGAAAGGGCAGAGUGAUUCGGAAAUGCAACCAACUGCUCAGGGAGACGAGUCACAUAGAGUGAUCUCCGUGAUCCAGGCACUAGAGUGCAAGUUGUGUGACACUGAAGAGCGACUCCGGGAGCUAACCAUGCAUCUUCAACAACAGCAACAACUUUAUGAUGAUGGAAAACCUGACAGCUGGAGGUUGGUUGGUGAGAGUUCAGGGAGAAAUCAAACUCUGGAGAUGGCCAGCAGAGUUUUGUCACUGGAGGCACUGAUUAUCCAGAGGAUUGCCUCUGCACUUGAGCAUCCCAGCUCAAAGUUGCUUAAUAAAUUGUCAGAGGUGCAUAUCCAGGUGCUUAGGAUGGCUCAAGGAGGCAGUCAUAAUGGGGCUGUAGAACCUAGUUACUCCCAGAUCUUCUUGGACACUCUUGAACAAGAUCUGAUAGACAGUACGUUGAGUGAAAGUGCAAUCCAUAGAAUGUGUGUAAGAGCAGAGAUGACAUACCUCAUACAUACUCUCUGUACUCAUCCCUCACAGGAGCAAAAGGGAUCUGACCUUUUUUAUGUCUUGCCUUGGCCAGAGAGUACCUCACCUGGAACCAAAAUGGAAAACUGUUCAAAGCAGGGGUCCAGACUUGCUGACAUCAGCCCACCAGAACUUGCACCUUACAGUGAACAAAUGGAUGAAGAACUGGCAACCGAUCUUUUACUUGAGGGCUCGGAGGUACAGCUUGCUUGCAGAAAUAGUCUGGUGGAAGAGCUCCGUGCUCAGGCCCAGUCACUGCAGAACCUCUCAACACAGCUACAGUCUAAUGUUAGAGAGGUCGACCUUCCUGGUGAACUACCCUCAGCCAUCUUGAGGGCAGCAAUUUGUCAAGCCACUUUGGCAUACAUGGCCUGUCGUCUCCGUUCGGCCCUGAAGCAAGAAAUUAGUGCCCUACGCAAACAGAGAGAGCAGGCUGAGUGCGAGUGUCGUGCCAUGUGUCGUAGCAUGGAGACUCUUUUCCAGGAACAGACGGAGCGUUACGAAGAGAAGCUGCGUGAGGAACGUGUUGUUGUCGAACAGGCAGAGCAAGAACGUGUUUCUGCAGAGACCAAUGCUCAGUUGAGGAGGGAAGAAGUUGAAAAAUUGCAUUUGGAGUUUGAGGAGAAGCUCCAAGAGCUUCAGAAAAUCCAUGAAGAGGAGAUGAGCCGUCUCCACGAAUAUUACAUUCAAAACUUGUCAAGGCCAAAAGCGGCAACUCUCCCAGAACUAGAGGAGAAUGAAGAGACUGAGGAGAUGACCGCUCUGCAAGACCGAAUCAGAGAGCUUGAGACAGAGGUGACUUGUCUGAGGGCAGAUCUUAGUAACCAGGAUGUCAAAGCCUUCCACCUUGACCUGGAAACUAUCAAGGCCACGUAUGAGCAUGGUUUCAGUAUUAUGGAAGACAGCCACCAGCGAGUGAUUGAGGAGAUGCAGAGGCAGCAUCAGAAAGAGGUGGAGAGGCUGACUGAGGAGCGAGAAAGAGUACUGCAGGAAGAGACGAAUGCCACUAUUGCAGCCAUUGAGGCUAUGAGGAAAGCUCAUAAAGAGGAAAUGGACAAGACACAGAAAGCCCUGCAAAAUGGAACCAGUGUGGACAUCCGCCAGAUUCAUGCACAAUACAAUGAGGAGCUGGAAACGUUGCACAGGGAGCUGGAAGUGUUGUCAGAGCAGUAUUCUCAGAAAUGCCUGGAAAAUACCCAUUUGAAUCGCACUGUAGAAACAGAAAGGGAAGCAUUGAGUACAACACAGAAAGAGAACCAGGAACUUCGCAUUCACAACCAGGAAUUAAAUGAGUUUUUGGCUGCUGAAUUAUCCAUGAUGCAUUCACACUUGAAUGGGGAAGUGAAACAUUCCCAAUCUUCCCAGGAAAAAGACAAGUAUCAGCUGGAGGUAAAUCUCAGAGUAAAGGAAUCAGAGAUUAAGUGUCUGAAACAGGAGAUCAACUCACUUAAACUGGGACUGCAGGCAGGAAAUACGUAUUUUAAAGAGCUAGACUCUGAGUUGAUUGCUUCAGAAGUCAAAACUCAAAGUGGCUUCACCAAACCGAGGAUGGUGCCAGCAAGACAGAGUUUAAAAUAUGAUCUGAUGAAAUCCAGGAGCAACCUUGACUUCCCAAAGGACCAUGCCACACUUACACAACCUGUCAGAUCCAAGAGUCUUAAGGAUGGACUCACUGUUUUGGAGAGGAUGAAACUUUUUGAAUUAACCAGCAUGCAAAAGAUUUGAGUGUGUGUGUGUAUGUCUGUGUGAUAGAGAGAGAGAAAGAUAAGCAUUUUAAUGUCUAAUGGGGGUUAAUUAUUUAAAUGUAUAUCUUUAUAACACAAUGAAUUCUAACUAUACCUUAAGUCACGUGUGUGUGUGUGUGUGUGUGUGUGUGUACAUCAGUCAUUUUAAUUGUUGUUUCGUUUCUACUUUAGACAGCAGAAUUAAUUUUUGAUAUGACAUUGUCUCUCUUAAUCUUAAACCGUCUUUGUUUAUAUUUACAUGUUUAUGCCUGAUUGAGCAUCAGUUCGAUUUGCUUUAUCUCUGAUUAUGAAUAAAGUCAAGC